GCUUCUGCAAAAAGAAAACUAAAUAAAUCAGGUUUUUUUUUUCAAGGCUGAUCUGCUUUAAGGAAACGGCGAACAUGCACAACGCCAGUGGCACGGACAUCUCCGAGCGCGCGGCAGACCUCGAGGCGCCCGGCAUAGGCGCGGACACUCUGGUCACGCUGCUUAUCUUCGGGCUCAUCUUCACUCUGGGCGUGCUGGGCAACUCGCUGGUCAUCACGGUGCUGGCGAGGCGCAAGCCCGGGCAGCAGCGGAGCACCACCAACGUCUUCAUCCUCAACCUGAGCAUCGCCGACCUCUCCUACCUGCUCUUCUGCAUCCCCUUCCAGUCCACCGUCUACAUGCUGCCCACGUGGGUCUUCGGCGAGUUCAUCUGCAAGUUCAUCCACUACUUCUUCACCGUGUCCAUGCUGGUCAGCAUCUUCACGCUGUCCGCGAUGUCCGUGGACCGCUACGUGGCCAUCGUGCACUGCCGAAAGUCCUCGUCCAUACGGGUGGUGCGGCACGCGCUGCUCGGGGUGGCCGUCAUUUGGGUGCUCUCGCUGGCCAUGGCCGCGCCGGUGGCGCUCUACCAGAGCAUCGUGGAGAGCCAGGACAACAGCACGUACUGCUGGGAAGUGUGGCCUGAUAACAACCGCAGGAAGAUCUACGUGGUUUUCACCUUCGUCUUCGGAUACCUGCUGCCUCUCAUCCUGAUCUCCUUCUGUUACGCGAAGGUGCUGAAUCACCUUCAUAAAAAGCUGAGAAAUGUAUCAAAGAAGUCGGAGGCAUCGAAAAAGAAGACUGCACAGACAGUGCUAGUGGUGGUGGUGGUCUUCUGCCUGUCCUGGCUGCCUCAUCAUGUGGUGCAUCUCUGGGUAGAGUUUGGCUCCUUUCCCCUCAACCAGGCGUCUUUCCUUUUCCGUGUGACCGCCCACUGCCUGGCCUACAGCAACUCCUCCGUGAACCCGAUCAUAUACGCCUUCCUCUCCGAGAACUUCAGGCAGGCCUACAAGCAGGUGUUCCGCUGCCAGGCAGCCAGCGAGUGCCCAGUGCACGAUGCCCGCGAGAUGAGGAACAAGAUGGAGAUGGUGCCCUCAACCAACUGCACCACAGUUUAACUGCACCCAGCUGCUGUGCAUUAGCUGAUGGCUUGGGCUUAUAGCAGUGAAACAUGGCUGCCUGGAGUGCAGCAUAGCAAGCUUUCGCUCAGGUGUGAAGUUGGAGAAGCCAUGCUCUUUCUGUAGCCCUGCAAUCAAGCAUGUUAUCAUUCUGUUACCAGCAGCAACCUAUAGCCUGUAGCCACUAAUGGAACCAAGAAAUGACCACUUGGCUUACUCUAUAGAGAGCAGUGUGAAAGGCUCAGAUGAGAUACGCUGUUCUGCAUUGUGAACUGAUUGGAUGUAGACGUGCUAUUGGCAUGUGUUUACUGUAAAAUCGCAAUGUGUACACUCGCUUCUUUGGAUCAGUGUCAUAGAAGACCUACUUUUGGUUUCUAACAGAACUUCUCAGUGGAUGCAAUGCCACAGAAUGGAGAAUUCAACACUGGAGGGCUGGUAUUCAGCACUAUUUGGUGAUUGAUUUCCCUCCUCAAAGACACUUAAUUCAUCUCGUUUGUUAAUUACGAGGUUUGCUGGGUGUGCUUGAGGAAGAGAACUGCCAAAAAAGUGCUGGACACCAGCCCUUCAGGACCAGAAUUGAAUACCCCUGCCAUAGAAGAACCACUUUGGCUUCCCACACUCUCAGAAAACUGUGACUGGGGUUGCGCCCUCAAGGGAACGUCUUCAGGAA